AUAAAAAUUAUAGUUGUUAUGGACGCACAGAAAUAAAUGAAAUUUUUCGUUUAAUGUUAAAUUCAAAGUCCCCGCUGUCUAAAUCCGAUAUCAGAAUGAUACACAAUUUGAUCACAUUUACAAUGUAUAGUGCGGGUUUCUUCAGUUUGGUUAUCGUCGAUUAUCUUCUUGGAAAUGGCUUUGUGGACAUGUUUCAAAGGCUUGCGUGUAAAAUUAUAUGUUUUGUAAGGAAAACUAUUCGAGAAGAGGAAAAAAUGGUAACGACGAGCACAGAUGGCGUUAUUAGCAUACCGUUUUUAUUAACUGAAGUUUUGUUACUUGGGUUUUCUAUCGUAUUUCUUAAUAAGUACAAACAAAUGCGACUUGGGGACAAAAUUGAUCAGCUUCUGAAAGACAGCCGGGACGCGUUGCGUGAAACCAACGAAUUUAUUGAAAAGUGGCGCCUGCGCAGGCUAAAUUGGCAGAGCGCUAACGAGUAUACAUAUUUGGAUGAAGAACCUCAGGAAAUCAAGCCUUACGAAUUAGAGGUGCCUAUUUUGCACAUGGCUAUAAUAGAUACGUUAGGAACGACAAGAAGUCAACCAGAACGAGGCGAUGCAGGAGAUACCAUAAACAUUACCGAUUCCACUCUUCUAUCCGUAACAUCGCUUUUAGAUGACGACUACGAAUCAGUGGCAGAACCAACAAGUGAUGAAAACAUUAAUUAUACCCUGGAAAAAUCGCUCUCUGAUUUCAAAGAUCGAUUCCUAUGGGACGUGAUGGAAGAAGACGAGUGAUUUAAGUGUUGUGUUCGGCUUGUCAAAUUUUGUCAAUUGUCUUUUUUAUUAAAUGUAAAUAACAUUAGUACAUAUU